UGCAACGUGUAAUCUGCACCCCUCCCUAUUUUUAUCUAAUUUCACUGCGAGUUUAAUUACAUGAAAUUCGAUUCACGACAAAGCGGAUUCUCGCAGAAUGUAUCACACCCAAAGUGGCAAUUCCUUCCCGAUGCUAUUCUCCAUGGCCAACGGCCACCGAGGUUUUGAUGAAGGGGAGUUGUACUCUUUUGCUUCCUCUUCCCCUUCCGCUUCGGUGGAUUGUACCCUCUCCUUAGGAACGCCUUCCACUCGCGUCACCAAUGAGAGCAGCCAUCAUCACCACGAGAAGAAGCGCUCCUCCUGUAUGUCCAACUUCGGCUGGAACAUACUGCCCUCUAAGCACACGCCGCCGCCAUCCUCCACCAAGCCCCACCGCGGCUCCACCAAUACCAACUCCUCUUCCGGCGGUGACCCCCUUCUCGCCCGCCGCUGCGCUAAUUGCGACACCACUUCUACUCCCUUGUGGAGAAACGGUCCCAGAGGCCCUAAGUCGCUAUGCAAUGCCUGCGGUAUUCGUUACAAGAAGGAAGAGAGAAGGGCGACGGCGGCGGCCGCUACCAGCAACGGCGGCGGCGCCAACGGAGCUCACGUGGAGGCUCAGUACAUGAUGAACGGGUCGUGGACUCCGUCGGCGCAGAAAGCUCCGUGUUACUCUUCGGGCUACGGCAGCGAGUACCGGUUCAUGGAAGACGACGCCGCCGUGGAUCACCGGGAUUCUGAAAUGAGCGGCGGCGUUCCGUUCAUGUCGUGGCGUUUCAACGUGACGGACAGGCCCAGCCUUGUUCAUGACUUCACAAGAUAAAUCAAUCAGCCAUCAAAACCUCCACGAGAAAUCCUAAUUUAAUUAUAAAAAGAAAAGGAAAUGAAUCCCAAGUUUUAGUGAAGAAAAAAAGAAGAAGCUGGAAUUUAAGGGGAGAAUCGCAUUUGAUGGCGACUGAUAAGUGUGGGUCAUGAAAUUCUUUUCUUUUCAGCUGUUUAUUUAUUUUAUUAAUUUUGUUUUUGUGUUUGAUACAUAGAUGGAGUGAAAAUGAGUUAAUUCUAUGUUGUUGUUUGGUUAGAUUGCUUUUUCUUUUGUAGCUUUCACUUUUUCAGGUUUGGCCCCAAUAUUUAAUAUUAGUAUUAUAUAUAUGUAGUAUCUAAUUGAAGAGUAGGAGGAGCAACUUUUUGUGUUGGUCUGUUUCAUACACUUUCUUUAAAUAUGCAGCAAAACGGGUUUGGCUUUACGACCACCUGUUAUUUUCCAUGUAA